CUAUUCUGAAUUGUUUUAUGAAAACAAUACGCUCACAGCUUUAUAAAAUCUCUUCUUCUUCUCCUCUUCUUUCUCCAUCUUCCCCUGCAUUCUCGCAAAGACUCUGUUCAUACUAGAAGUCUCCCAAAAUGUCUCUGCUCUCAGAUCUCAUCAACCUCAACCUCUCCGAUCACACCAACAAGAUCAUUGCUGAAUACAUAUGGAUUGGUGGAUCUGGUAUGGACCUCAGGAGCAAAGCCAGGACCCUUCCUGGACCUGUAUCAGACCCCUCAAAGCUUCCAAAGUGGAACUAUGAUGGCUCCAGCACAGGCCAAGCUCCUGGGGAAGACAGUGAAGUGAUCUUAUACCCUCAAGCAAUUUUCAGAGAUCCAUUUAGGAGGGGCAACAACAUCUUGGUAAUGUGUGAUGCGUACACUCCAGCUGGAGAGCCUAUCCCAACCAACAAGAGACAUAAUGCUGCCAAGGUUUUUAGCAACCCUGAGGUUGCCAAGGAGGAGCCAUGGUAUGGAAUUGAGCAAGAAUACACUCUCCUGCAAAAAGAUGUUAAGUGGCCUCUUGGAUGGCCUGCUGGAGGUUAUCCUGGACCACAGGGACCAUACUAUUGUGGCAUUGGAGCUGACAAAGCUUUCGGGCGUGACAUUGUGGACUCACACUACAAAGCCUGCCUUUACGCGGGGAUUAACAUCAGUGGCAUUAAUGGAGAAGUGAUGCCCGGACAGUGGGAGUUCCAAGUUGGACCCGCUGUUGGCAUCUCGGCUGGAGAUGAGUUGUGGGUUGCUCGCUAUAUUCUCGAGAGGAUAGCUGAGAUUGCAGGAGUUGUGGUCUCAUUUGACCCCAAACCUAUCCAGGGUGAUUGGAAUGGUGCUGGUGCCCACACAAACUACAGCACAAAGUCAAUGAGGAAUGAUGGAGGAUAUGAGAUCAUUAAGAAGGCCAUUGCAAAGCUUCAGUUGAGGCACAAGGAGCACAUUGCUGCAUAUGGUGAGGGCAACGAGCGCCGCCUCACCGGGAGACACGAGACAGCCGACAUCAACACUUUCAAAUGGGGAGUGGCGGACCGAGGGGCGUCGGUUCGUGUGGGCCGGGACACGGAGAAAGACGGCAAGGGCUACUUCGAGGACCGAAGGCCUGCUUCAAACAUGGAUCCUUACACUGUCACCUCCAUGAUUGCAGAGACCACCAUCCUGCACAAAGAUUGAGCCAUUGCAUGAUGUUUGUUGGUGGGAUAUAUUGUGUUUGGAACAGAAACAAAAGCAUUGUUGUGUUUUACAAAAGCCCCUUUUCUUAAUUGCUUGUUUUCAUUGGGGUUGUCGAAUGAUGUGUUUUUGUUUAUGGAUUGUGCUUGUGUUUUCUUCUGCUAGCAAGGCUGAUUUAAUGUGGCAAUGGUGUUAUUGGUGUCACACAAUCACAAUAUAGAUUCGUCUUUUACUAAUAAGGGUUAUUUUAGUCUUCAUCGGUC